UCUGCCGUUCUCAUGCUUUAAGAUUGGAGUGGACGAAAGAGGGCGGAGUGUGUUUGUCAUCCAAGUGUGAAGUACUGACUCCCUGGCUCCGAAAAAUAGGAUUUUUUUCUCCCUCUCAUUCGAUCACGUCUGUUGUGGUCCAGCAUCAUAUUGGGAGGAGAGCGUCGGGGAUCCUGCACAUCUGCCGCGUUCCCGCGACGAGAUACAAAAGCAAACCAGCAUCACUUACACAAACAACACUAAUGUACCUGAGGGGAAGGGGAUUACCGAUGCAAUACAUGUUUUAUGGACGGGAAUCAAGUGGCAGAAAUGCGUGAAAAUCCACAGGUGAAAAUGCUGUGCUGAUUUGAUUAAUUCCAGCUGUGAUUUCUCGCCUCAGAUUUGGUCAGUUGACGCUGGUAAGGUGAAAGAGCGGGAUUGAAGGAUAUGGCCAUAAUCCGGAUAUCGUUACUCUUGCAAGUGGGAUUUGUUAUAGGAUCAAAUUAUAGAUAUGUGGAACAUGACCGGGACCUGAAAGAAAAGCAGUCCAUUUACAACACGCACAGCAACCAGCAAGCGCACCUCCGGAAGCCCCAUUCGGGUUUAGUGCAGAAGAUCGAGGAGCAGGUACCCAGAGUAGUGACUGCGUUUCUGCACACGGGGGAUUCCUCCACCUUAAAGCACGCCAACUGCUCCAGGAGAUAUGAGCUGGCGGUGUUGCGGGGAAGGACGCGCGGAGACGCGCAUCACUCCAUGCGCAGCGUCCUGGACACGGUCCUUCACGCCACAAACUUCCUCAACAUGAUAUUACAAACAAACCGAUCCAGAAAUCACACCCCCAGACAUGCAGACAUGGAGUGGUACAACGCGCUGGUCAGGAGUAUCCUGGAGGGAGACCUCAAGAUCCACCGAGCGGUGGUCACCUUGAGCACAGAAUCCCCUCCUGAAGGACCACCUGUUUACCUUCAGGCAACACGGGCAGGUGGAGAGAUCAUUCUGCAGGAUUUAUCCAACAUUACCCAUCGGAUGUUGAGAAACAGAACGGCUGAUACCGAGUGGUAUCAUGAGCACAAACAUAAAAAGAAGAUACAUCUCCAAAAACGAGUGCUGAGUCAAGAUUUUGCCUCGUUUGACGCGUCCGUGCGCAGUGGAGAAAGUUAUAUUACCGAAAAAACUCAGAUACACUGGUCAGCUCCGUAUUUGGAGUGCGAGAAUGGGAAUUUCAUACCCAGAUGGCUCUUGACACUGUCUGCUGGCUUCUAUGGCAUUAAACCCAACAGGAACCCAGACUUCAGGGGUGUUGUGCGAGUGGACGUCAGCCUGCAGGAUGUGGAUAUUGACCAGUGCUCUGCUGACGGCUGGUUUGCAGGAACACACAGGUGUAACAUCACCACUAUGGAGUGUUUGCCUGUUCCUGGACAUGGAUUUGUGCUAGACCAGUAUAAAUGUCACUGCAAAAGUGGCUUUUAUCAUCCAAGCAGAGUUGCAGUGAAUGGCUUCAAAAGGAGAGCAGGAGGGAAGGGGACCGAAGGUUUGUCCCAUCACAGGGAUGUUCCAGAAACUUCCAGCCACUGCCUGCCCUGCCAGGAAGGCUGUUCUUUCUGCAAGGACGAUACGCCCUGCGUGGCCCGGGGUGAUGGAGCCCUGCGUAUGGCGGUGCUCUCCUUUCAGGGUCUGUGCAUGCUGGUGGAUUUCAUCAGUAUGGUGCUUCUCUACCAUUUCCGUAGGAACAAGAGUAUCAGAGCAUCGGGACUCAUCCUGCUGGAGGCCAUCUUGUUUGGAGCUCUUCUCCUGUACUUUCCGGUGGUGAUCCUUUACUUCCAGCCGAGUGUUUUCCGCUGUAUCCUGCUGCGAUGGGUCCGUCUGCUCGGGUUCGCCACUGUAUACGGAACGGUCACUCUCAAACUCUACAGGGUCCUCAAGGUGUUCCUGUCACGUACAGCCCAGAGGAUCCCUUACAUGACCAGCUGGAGAGUGUUGCGUCUACUGUGUGUCAUCUUGUUGAUCGUGCUAUGGUUUGCAAUAGCCUGGACCUCCGCUGUUUGUCAGAAUCCAAACAGGCACCUCGCUCUCAUCAGUGUGGGCUUCACUACUGACGGACUGCAGUUCAGCAUGUGUCUGCUGGACCGCUGGGACUACAUGAUUGCUGUGGCUGAGUUCCUGUUUCUUCUUUGGGGUGUGUAUCUUUGCUUUGCGGUGAGGACUGUCCCAUCGGCAUAUCACGAGCCACGCUACAUGGCCAUCGCAGUUCACAAUGAGCUCAUCCUCUCGGCCAUAUUCCACAUUUUAAGGUUCACACUUGCUCCUGAAUUGCACCCAGACUGGAUGCUGAUGCUAUUCUUUGCUCAUACACACUUAACGGUGACUGUCACAUUGGGGUUGCUACUUGUGCCAAAGUUCUUGUUUGCGGGCACACAUCUAAGAGAUGACAUUGCUACAGAAGCUUAUGAAGAUGAAUUGGACAUGGGGCGGUCUGGGUCAUACCUGAAUAGCAGCAUCACAUCUGCUUGGAGUGAGCACAGUCUGGACCCAGAGGAUAUCCGGGAAGAGCUAAAGAAACUCUACUCUCAACUGGAGAUUUACAAGAGGAAAAAGAUGCUGGCAAACAAUCCUCACCUGCAGAAGAAGCGCAGCUCCAAAAAAGGCCUAGGGCGCUCCCUCAUGCGCCGCAUCACUGAGAUCCCAGAGACAAUGGGACGCCAGUGUAGCCGUGACGACAAGGAUCUGGGUGAACACGGGAGCAACCACAACAGCAUCUGUGUCCUGAGAAAGAAUCCUUUCGACCCCACACACUCUGUUAAGCCUGCCAAAGAUGAAUCCUUAAAGAGCAAAGUUUUCUCCCUUAAAAAGUCCCACAGCAGUUACGACCAUGUUCGAGACCACAGUGAGGAUUCCAGCAGUUCAGCAACUGACAAGAUGGAAGUCACAACCACAGAGGGCUCUCUUCUCGAAACCCUAAUGGGAAAGAAGCUGGUCAAAAAGUCCUCGGAAAAGAUUGAUGCAGCCAGUGAGUCAACAGAGUCAGUUCCCUUGGUGUGCAAGUCAGCCAGCGCUCACAAUCUGACAGCUGAUAAGAAACCUAUUCACCCCAGAACAUCCAUGCUGCAGAAAUCUCUAAGCGUUAUUGCCAGUGCCAAAGAGAAAACUCUUGGUCUAACAGGAAAGGCCCAGGGUGCGGAGGAUUCAACAAAGAAAGCCAGUCAAAAGAACAGUGAGGGCAAGACCUCAGCUGAAGCUGAAGAAAAAGAAGGUUAUCCGAAAAUGAUUGUCAGUCAAUCAGUGGAGUACAAGCAGACAGCAGCCAAAACCGGUAUAAUGAAGCCACAGAUGAGCGGAAGCCAGCCCUCCAUUUGCUCAGAAACAGCCAAGGGGAAAGACCUGUAUGACCUCUCAGAGGUGUGCCCUUGGGAAGUGGAGGAUUUGCCAACUCCCUCCGAAAAUAAAGUCCAGAAACACGUGUCCAUUGCUCCUGAGCAAACAAACACAGUCCGUGGAGGUGGCAGCAAGACGACAAAGUCACAACAGCAAAAGCAGAAAGGCACAGAGCAGUCACCUUCUGUGGCCAGGCAUCCAAACAAGAAAGCUGCAGAUAGAGCAGACAUAUGUCCGUGGGAGGAAGGAAACGAGGACCAUGGUCAGCCAACAGGGCCAAAACCUCACUCCAAUACUAAGCCUGCCAUGUCCCAACAACAGGCUUCCAGAGAGGUUGCCAAGGUUCUAAAAGCAGACGUCUGUCCAUGGGACUUUGAGGAAGUAUCAAGCAAGCCAAAGGACUCCCCUCGCUCCCCUGAUCAGAGCAGACCAAAAAAGGGCACCACAUCAACUGAGAUCAAAGGCAAAAUAAGCUCCUCGCCUACUGAAGUCAAGGGCAAGGGUACUACGCCUACAGAGGUCAAAGCAAAGAGCAUUCUCUCUGAGCCUGCUAAACACACAGGCAGCUCACUGCAGCCGCCCUCUAAAGCAGACGUGUGUCCAUGGGACUUUGAGACUAUGUCAAGUCCCACCUCUGAAAAGACCCCUUGUUCUUCUCAGGUUCCUAAAUCAAAGGAGACCCAUGCUAUAAAGAAGGGAAAUUCCCCUGUCAGAUUAUUAGAGUUGGAAAGAGAAAACACAAAGCGUCCAGAUGAGGACAAAAUGAAAUCAAACACAAAGUUGAGCUCUGGCAAGACAAAAGAAAGACCCGUGAGCCAGUCUAAAAUAAUGGCUGAGGUUUGUCCGUGGGAUGUUGAUAGUAGUCAGGGAAAUGUCUCAAUGGAAAAACAAAAGAGCCCAAAUGUUGCAUUAGCAAAAAGCAAGCAAGCAGACGUAUGCCCUUGGGAUUUUGAAGAAGCAGCAACUAGUAAGGAAGUCAACAGGGGCACCGCUGGCAAACAGAAAGGUUCGAAUUCUAGUGGUGGUAAACUGGCAGAUGUCUGUCCGUGGGACUUUGAUGAUCAAGCAUCAACAAAAAAGGCAUGACACUUUACCCGAGUGAACCAUUAGUUAGUCCUCAUUGUACGUGCUUUUUCUUUCAUAAAUACACCAUGGAAUUUGAACUUUAAUAGAAUUACUGGUGUUUUGGAGAAGAAAAUCAAGAAGUCGCACAAGCUGCCUUUCUCUUCAACCUUUUUUCCCUUUGUGUUUUUUGGAAUAAAAUGAAAGAAAAAAAACAUAUGUACAAAAAAUGCAACAACUCACCAGGCAUUCCAGAUUAUAAAGUAUUAGUUGAACCUUUAAAUAGAAACGGUAGUUUACAAUUAUGCAACUCUUUAUGUGCAAUGUAAACAAGAUGCCUAUACUCACCACAUGUAUCCUCAUUAACAUUUUGAACUCUCAUAACAGCUGCAUCUGUAGCCUCUCCUUGACCGUGGCUUCCACAAAAAAAGAAAGUUCCUGUUACAUAGGAUGGUGUGGACCAUGCAUGAAGCGUCAUGGAGUAAGCCUGAUCCAUUUCCUUGUUUUUGUUUCAUACAUCAUUGUUUGGUUUGAGUAAAAAAAAAAUAUUUGCCAAAGAUAGAGGUCAAAUCCAAUAAAUCUAAGAACUCACACCUCGACAGCAUAAUAGAGACACUUCAUUUGUACAGUGAGCCGAAUUUCACGUGGCUGCUAGGAAAUUAGCCUGUAGCACUUUAGCGAAUAGCAUACUUAGAAAGACAGACAUAAACUUGACAUGACUUCAUUCACUUUUUCCCUUGUUUGUCUCUUUGGCCUUGCUGUUUUAUGCCGUUCUGAUCAAAUGUGCACAUCUGCAACACAUUUUAAUUUUCCUGACUAGAAUAAAAAAAAGCUAGUAAAAUAACAAAACAUUUCCAAUGCUUCCAAAUUUGCUGAUAUAUUAUCCUGAAUGUGCCUAUUUAAAUAGUCCUGUACCAGUCUUACUUUGUAUUGGGGGAUGUGAAACCUUUGUCAUAGACCAUGUUACAGAUAUUUAUUGAUGAAAAUCAGCAUCUUAUUUUUGAAAAGAAAAGAGGUUUAGUUUAUAUAUUAGCAAUGUUGUGAAAUUGUAAAUGCUUUUUGAAUGGGGUACGCUAGGGAAAAAAACAAAACAAAACAAAACGUCCACUACUCAGUUAACGGGACCAUGGAUAUAAUUUCUCUCAGCGUAGGGCACAAUCAUUAAGGUUUCUGCCUCUAAUGUCUUUCUUUUAUUGUCUUUUACAAUAGCUAUGUUUUCAUCCAAAGAUGCGAAUUAGAUUUAUGCGCUAAACUGGAAUUUCGCAUAAAACUUUUGUGAAUAAAGCUCCGUUUCCAUCCACUCACACACAAAACAAGAUUUUUGCUGCUGAAACAAAACAAGUCUUGAGAUUUUUUUAAGGACAGCUUAAUUGUUUUAUGUUCAAUCCACUUAAAUUUGUUAAGUUAACAUAAUCCAUUUGUGUUGGGAUAACAUUGUUUUCUAGAGGAAUGAAUCAAAAAGAACAAAAUCAUCACUUCCUGAAAAACUGGCUCCAAAUUUCAAAAAGAAAAAUGGAAUUUGCUGCUGUAGUAGAAGUCACUGUGGGCAUUUUUACUUUAUAAAUUACUUGCAUCUAGGGCCGGAGCUUGCUCAACUGGAGCUUUAGGCAAGUGUCGAUCAGGCCACCGCCAGAAAAGCGGUUGGGGAGUUUUGGGGGGAUGGCUGGUGUCGCAAAGGAUAGUAAAGAGCAUGAGGGAGGGGGCGGUGUAGCGCAGACGAAAUUAAAGAGUGGGGUGGUGUUGCG